CUUUAGGACCCCGCGAGGCACGGCGAGCUGGGGAAAGGGUCGGGGGAGGUCGGGAGCGCGUCCGUGAGCCCGGAGCGGCGGCCGCGUCGGUGGCGUCGGGAGCGAGCGGGCCCGUGAGCGGCGCGGGUGGUGGAGGAGGAGCCCGGGGCUCGAUUCUCUAACUAUGGCACAGGUAGAGAAACGAGGGGGUUUGCUCCGGAAAUCUUCAGCUUCCAAAAAACCACUGAAGGAAAAAGUGGUGCUGAUGUAUGAUGAGAUCUUCAUGACCGAGGACCCUAGUAAAUGCAGUCCUCGAUUUUGGGAGGAACUCUUCCUUAUGAAGGUGAAUUUAGAGUACCUAGAAGGCAAGCUGGAAUCUCUUGAUGGUGAGGAGUUAAUGAAGAUCAAGGACAAUAUUAAUUGCUUAUUUCAACACUGCAUCCAGGCUCUGGGAGAGGAACAUCCAAUUCGAGUGGUCAAUGCAUUGCAGACCUUAUGUGCACUCAUUCGAGGAGUCCAUCAAAAGAAUAAGUCUACCUCUGGGUUUGACAUUAUCAACAUGCUGAUGGGCUUUGACAAGGCGGAGCUGUGCAUGAAGAACUUGAUGGAGAGUUUGGACUCAUUGCUUUGUGCAGAAGGCUCUGAAAGUCUGAAGAGUUUAUGCCUGAAACUUCUCCUCUGCUUAGUGACUGUAACCGAUAACAUCAGCCAGAACACUAUGCUGGAGUAUGUAAUGAUCAACAGCAUAUUUGAAGCAAUUUUGCAGAUACUUUCCCACCCCCCAAGUCGUAGGGAACAUGGCUAUGAUGCUGUAGUCCUCUUGGCUUUGCUGGUGAACUACAGAAAAUAUGAGUCUGUGAAUCCUUAUAUUGUGAAGCUGUCUAUUGUGGAUGAUGAAGCCACACUCAAUGGAAUGGGGCUUGUGAUUGCUCAGGCUUUAUCUGAGUACAACAGGCAGUAUAAAGACAAGGAAGAAGAACACCAGAGUGGUUUUUUCUCUGCUUUAACAAAUAUGGUAGGCAGCAUGUUCAUAGCAGAUGCCCAUGAGAAAAUCUCAGUACAAACCAAUGAGGCCAUCCUUCUGGCACUUUAUGAAGCUGUUCAUUUAAAUCGCAACUUCAUCACGGUGUUAGCCCAGAGUCAUCCAGAAAUGGGCUUGGUGACAACCCCUGUCAGUCCUGUUCCAACAACCCCAGCCACACCACUUGGGACCACGCCACCCUCCUCUGAUGUUAUAAGUUCUGUGGAACUCCCUCUAGAUGCAGAUGUACAGACCAGCAAUCUCCUGAUCACCUUCUUAAAGUAUAGCUCGAUUGUCAUGCAGGACACCAAAGAUGAGCACCGACUUCACAGUGGCAAACUCUGUCUGAUUAUCCUUACAUGUAUUGCAGAGGAUCAAUAUGCCAAUGCAUUUUUGCAUGACGACAACAUGAAUUUUCGUGUAAACUUACAUAGAAUGCCUAUGAGACACAGGAAGAAGGCAGCAGACAAGAAUCUUCCCUGCCGUCCUUUAGUAUGUGCGGUACUCGACCUGAUGGUAGAGUUUAUUGUAACACACAUGAUGAAGGAGUUUCCUAUGGAUCUCUAUGUGCGCUGCAUUCAGGUAGUACAUAAACUACUUUGCUACCAGAAGAAGUGUAGAGUACGUCUGCAUUAUACCUGGCGGGAACUCUGGUCAGCCUUGAUAAAUUUGCUGAAGUUCCUUAUGUCAAAUGAGACUGUACUUUUGGCCAAACACAACAUUUUUUCAUUAGCUCUUAUGAUUGUGAACCUAUUUAAUAUGUUCAUCACGUAUGGUGAUACAUUCCUGCCCACCCCCAGCAGCUAUGAUGAACUCUACUAUGAGAUUAUCCGCAUGCAUCAGAGCUUUGACAACCUCUACUCCAUGGUCCUGAGGCUUUCUACCAAUGCAGGCCAGUGGAAAGAAGCAGCUAGCAAGGUGACCCACGCGUUGGUUAAUAUCAGAGCCAUCAUCAACCACUUUAACCCCAAAAUUGAAUCCUAUGCUGCUGUGAAUCACAUAUCCCAACUGUCGGAGGAACAGAUUCUGGCAUUUCAGCUGAUCUCUUUGGGAGAAAAAAAGAUUGAUACGGGUUAUUUGUUCACUGGAUUCACUGAAGCAGGAAAGACAGAAAGUCAAAGGCGGAGGGAUUUUCCUACAAGCUGCUUAACCUCAGAAAUCAACUAUAUGUUAUAUAGGGCGUCCUGAGAAGGUCCUCAUAAGGAGGUCAGCUGUUAUGUGCUGCUAGAAUCUCUCCUCUCUUACUUGGACCAGGAGGUAAGCUAUAUAUACUACCAGAGAUAGGGGAGAAAGUAUUUUGGAUUUUAUCUCCUCUGAAUAAAGGAGAAAGUAUUUUCGAUUGAAAAAGAACACAAGUAGAUAAAAGGAAAGGAGCAGCUAGUAGUUUUUGAGCUAGACACUUUUACUUAGGUUGUUUACUUAAUUCUUUGAUCAACUGUUUGGGGUAGGUACAGUUAUUUUCAUUUUAUAGAUGAAGAUGCAAAAGAAGCUAAGUAAUUUGUCCAAGGUCACACGGCUGUUAGUAGUAAAACCCUAAUGUGUCCCUAAGUCUGUCUGACACCGGAGUCUAAGCUUUUUCAUCAGGCCGAGGCAUGUGAGACUACUGGAGCUUGUCAGGUAUUCUGAAGGAAGAGGCAAGUCAGGAUAGGAAGGGAGAGGGAGAAGCAGUGAAAGGGGAGCUAACAGGGCUCAUUCCUAGGGGAUAGGGAAAGGUCCUGGUUGGGAAGGGCCCACUCAGUUAAGGAGAGAGAGUACUGAACAGGGGCCUGGAGAGUUUGCUUGCCAGUUAGGCAGAAAUGCCUAAGGAGAGGCUCCUGGCACGGUAUGAUAGCUUUAUAAGUGAGGGAAGAGUGUCUUCCAUCCAAGCAUGUCAGGAAAGCCACUAUGAAAAAUAAAUCCACACACCAAAGGAAGGUGAUGGAUUUUAAAAAGUAACCAUUCAUUCAUUCAUUCAUUCAUUUAAAAGACAAUGUAUUUAUGUGGGUUGAAAUCUAAAAGGUUGCACACUGAAUUUUAAUUGUUUUUAAAGUAGUACUUCCAAUUUGUCUUGGGAAACAAAAAAAAAGCAAAAUGAAGAUUCAAAAUUAAUGUCCCCCAGCCAAGCUAGCUGAAUGCAGAGGUCACUGGUGAAGAGCUCAGCUUAUUAUUCAUGUCUGCCACUGUCAGCAUUUUCUCCAAUUAAGUAUGAAUUUUGAAAUGCCCAUCGCAUAAGCUUCUGGUCUUUCUCAGUCAGGCUUCAUUGCCAGAAGCUUCAUUGGCAGUGCAUGGGAGGAACAGUGUUGGAGCUCAUAGGAAUUCCACUAGUUUUCAAGAAGUUACAGGAGACAGCAGCCCUUGCUUUCUUGAUUUAAGCUAAGACGGUUCCUUUAUCCCAGUUAUUUAGUUGUACAGGUAGGACUUCUCUCUUCUAUUUUUUAGCUGCCUCCUUCCUUCCAAAUAGAUCUUUGCAAACUUUUAUUUCCACUGCAGUCUCUUCCCCAGGUGACAGUUCAAACUGUAUAAGGUGUGCUUGGAAGAGCAUGGUUUGCCAUUGUGGUAGUUAACAUUGGAGGAAAGAAGUGUUGCUCUGCAAACUUUUAUCUCUGUUGUAAACUGUGUUAAUUGGAAAUGUUUUUGCUAAGUGCCAUAACAGAGCUUUGACCUUUCACAGUGAUCCUGCUCAAAGGAAGUUGCAGUCCUAAAAAUUACCCACCCAUUUAGAAGAACUGUGAAUAGCCCACAAAUGGGUUUCUGUUAAAAGAAUUCUUGUCUGUUAGGAAAGGUUAGGUAAGUAAGGUCUGGCAGGGAGGCAGAGACCCCAUGUCAAAUUGUGGGAGAAUUACAAGCAGAGACUGUUUUCUGUCUCCCUCCUUGAUACGUAAUAUGCUUCCAAGGAAAGAAACCUCAAGUAGGGAGGACUGAGACAUCUGCCCCUUAGUGUGAUGGCAUGCCUUACUUGUGCAGGUAAGGUAAGGACUGGAGCACGUUGGAUCUGUAAUUACUGCAAAGAAAAGCUUCACAACGGUUGUCUAGAGUUUCAGCCAAAUAAAAUCAGGGAGGUAGGACAACAGCCCAGGGAAAUUAAAGAAAGUCAAUGUCAUCACUCCUUUAACCAGCCUUUCACUCAUCACGCACUGUGAGGUUCAUUAUCUGGUCCCCCUUGCUGAAGGGCCGAGCCAGUCUGUCAGAUCAAUAAAUCUCAGGGCAGUGGAAGAGCCCAUUGGUAGCAGGCUUGAAAGACAUGGAUGGACUGGAAGAACUGGCCAAUUUAAACUGGUUCUGAAAUCGAGUUUGGUCCUGAAGCAUAUGAGAUGAGAAUAGAAAGGGGAAAAAAAUUCUGCAGAUUAUAUGCAAGGUGGCUGUAUUGAGGAAACUGGUACCUUUUAAAAAGCAUCAUCUUUUUUAGCCUAAGAGAUCUGUGUCCAGCUUUUGGAUCCUUAUUUCCAAACAGUUAUAUUGGAUGAUUAUACCUUGGAGAAAUACUCAGGUUAUCUUGGAUAGAAAGUCAUUGUAAGCACCCAGUGGAGGGAAGGAUGAUCACUCAAUGAGGCCUGUGAUUUUGUUAUCAGGUUGCUAGUUGUUCUAGUUCCUAUACUAUUGGCUUGUUUUCUUUUUC